GCCUCUCGUUCUCGCCUCUCUGUGAGCCACCAGCUUCCGGUAAUGUGUUCUGGACGCACACGCUACCUGCUGAUACGUACAUAAACCUCGGCGAAAAGUGUCAUUGCAACGCAACAGUGGAGGUUGCGGAGAGAUCUGAGAUAUACCUUCUGCUCCUUCCCUGGGGUGAUGGAGACGAGGAAACUUCUCCUCCUCGUUGCACUCUUUCAUGUCUUCUCCUCUGCAAUCUUGACAGAGUCGCAGUCCAUGAUUGGAAUCAACUACGGGCAGGUGGCGGACAACCUCCCGCCGGCGUCGGCCACUGCGCAGCUCCUGCAGUCUACCACCAUCUCCAAGCUCCGCCUCUACGGCGCCGAUGCCGCCAUCAUACAAUCCCUCGCCGGCACCGAUAUCUCCUUAGUCCUCGGCGUGUCCAACUCCGACAUCCCUUCCCUCGCCUCCGAUCCGUCUGCGGCCGCCAACUGGGCUGCCGUCAAUGUUCUCCCCUACGUCCCUAGCUCCUCUAUCUCCGUCGUGUCUGUCGGCAACGAGGCCAUCAACUCCGGCGACCCCUCCCUCGCGUCGGGUCUCCUCCCCGCCAUGCAGAACCUCCGCACCGCCCUCUCCGCUUCCGCCGCUGCAGCUAGCGUCAAAGUCUCCACCGUCCACUCCAUGGCCGUGCUCGCCCAGUCCGACCCCCCUUCCUCCGGCGCCUUCCACCCCGACUUUGCCGCCUCCCUCACCGGGGUCCUGGGCUUCCUGCGCGAUGCCGGGUCGCCCUUCAUGAUCAACCCCUAUCCCUUCUUCGCGUACCGCAGCGACCCGCGGCCGGAGACGCUAGCGUUCUGCCUCUUCCAGCCGAACCCCGGUCGCCUGGACGCGGGGUCGAAGCUCACGUACACCAACAUGUUCGACGCGCAGGUGGACGCCGUGCGGUCGGCGCUGGACGGUCUGGGGUUCCCGGAGGUUGAAAUCGUGGUGGCGGAGACGGGGUGGCCCUACCGAGGGGACCCUGACGAGGUGGGGACGACGGUGGAGAACGCCAUGGCCUUCAACGGGAACCUGGUGGCCCACCUCCGGUCACUGGCGGGGACGCCGCUCAUGCCCGGGCGCUCGGUGGAGACGUACAUCUUCGCGCUCUACGACGAGGACCUCAAGUCCGGCCCCACCUCCGAGCGCUCCUUCGGCCUCUACCGCGCCGACCAGACCAUGAACUACGACGCCGGCCUCGCAAAGCCCAGCUCGUCGAUCUCCAACACGGCGAGCGCGUCGCCGGGGUGGACGCAAUCGGCCGAGACGUGCGUGCCGGUGGUCACCGUGCAGGCGAGAGUUGAGGGCCGUCCGAUGCAGUCCGGGGAGCGGUGCUACCUUCCAAGCGCCGUCGGAUCCCCUGCGGUGAUGGGUCUGCUCUUCCAGUACGUUGCGGUGAUGCUGCUGCUAACGUAGCGCGAAUUCGGAGACGGGUUGUUCCAAAUGUAGUGGUUUCAGUGAGCACAAACGGUCCAAUGUUCCGAUGGCUGAUGUCAUUUCUGCAACGGGUUCAGUUUACCCUUUCGCCGUGUGAA